AUGUCUGUUCACACAAGUCCUAAGAGCUCUUUCUUAAGUUCAGCUCGCACAAGACCAUAAACAGCUGUGACAAGCCCUCGAAGACCUCAAUUUCAACUAUCUAUUCCAAAUGAUGAUCAAGAUCAAUAACUAUUAAUCAACAAAUAUACUGCCGCUACAAGUCUCACACCAAGGAGUUUGCUCAAGUUGCAAGAGAAGAAAGUCAAUGUAGGAGCAAGAUCUGAAAAUGUAUCGUGCAAUUUGAGGGUUACAAAAGAAUAGGCUGAAAUUGAUCCACCAGAGGACUAUUUCGAAAAGGAAGUGUAAAUUAAUCAGGAUGAAUAUGAGCAAUUCAAAAAAAACUUUCAUAGAAUUGUUUUUGAUGCUUUCGGAAAUUAUAUUUACACCAAACCAGGACCCAUUGAUGAAGAAUUUAAACUUUAAGUUUCUUCAGCAUUGAAUACGCAAAAGCAUACUUCAAGCAGUCUCAAGAAAAAACUGUAAAUCAAGACUCAGAGUUUCCAACCCAAAAAAACCAUUGAAAACUUGGUCAAAAGCACCUCAGAAAUGGCUAAAAUGAAUCCAAGAAGAAGAGCCAUUCUGGAAAUCAAAUAAAAGGCAGAGAACUCUCUUUAUACGAUGAUCAAUAAUCUUGCCAAAGAAAAAGUCUUGAGCGAAUCCAAGGCUUAAUUAGAGUAAGUUACACAAUAAAUGCUCAUCUACAUCGAUAAAUUUACAAGAGAAAACUAAGAACUUGUGGAUUAAUUAGAAAUGGCUAAGGGGAAGAUCUUUGAAUUGUAGAGUUCGAAUGAAAGUCUGAAUUUUAAGAAUAUUCAACUUCUCAAAGAAAUCAAGCUUUCCAAAUAAUAAUUAGACGAACUCAAGAGGAGCACAGUUGAAAUUGAAAAGUUCAUUCCUUAAUUCAACAUUAUGACUAAGAGGUUCGAAAACUUUUAAGCUGAAAAAUUCAUAGAUAAAUAUGAUUAUUUUGAGAAUUAAAACUUGAUUCUCACCAAAAGAGUGUCAGAUUUAGAGCUCGACAACAUUUAACUUGAAAAAUAACUUUUGCAUCUACAAAAGGAUUUAGAAAUCAAACAAUAAGUUAGCAAACAUCAAUACGAUAUGGAUUUUAAAUCAUCCUCUAAUAAAUAAGAUGCACCUGAUUAAGAUUACGAACAAUAUAAGGAUAUGUAUUUGAACUUGUUUAAGAAAAUACUAUAAAUAUAUAGUGAUUGGACUAGUAAAUCUAAAGCUCUAUUGCCUGACAAAAUGGAUGGAGGUCCAAGAGCAAAUUUAGUUGAACCUUUAGAAAUGUUGUAAAAUAUGGAAAAAAUGAUAACUAUCUCCUCUAGCGAAAAGCUCUAAUCCUACUUAAGAAAAAUUAUAGUCAGUGCUAAUUAGUUGUAAAGGAAAUAUUUAACUGAAAAUGUCAAUGAAAAAUUUGAUCCAGAUAAAAUUUAUGAAAGAAUUAUUAAAUUAGUAGACAAUUUAAAGGCGCAAAUUUCAAAUCUACAAUCUUAAUUGUAAAGCUAAAAAUAAUCACAAAAUUGUUUAACAUAAGUGCAAACCUAGAGGUCAAAGUCUUUUCUUCAUGAAAAAGAAUAAAAUUGA